AAAUGUUAGGAAAAAAUUCUCUCUGAGUCUCAGCCUUAACUACAGUCUACCUGAUACAUGUUGUGCAAAAAAUAUUUACGGUUCCAGGAAAAAUUUGUUCACAAGCGGCGCUCCAAAGUAAGGAUUUUUUUAUUUUCUGGUCCUGUCUGACCAGUAAUUCUGAUUUUUAUGUACCCUGCCACAAAAGAAUGAUCGGUUUUAAUUUUUAGCACUGUAUUUGCUAGAACUUUUUUCAUUAGACGCAAGUUUUCUUUUUACAUCUUUAUUUUAUUUUCCAAAAUUAGCACCUGGAAAUUAAUCAGCUACAAUGUAAGGCAAAACAUUACACGCUUUUGCUUGUAAACAAAGGCAUCUGGUGUGAAACUUACCGAAGUUUUCAGUUUUUGCAAAUUUGACACUGCAUCAUCUGUGUUAGCCAGCUAAAUAAGAUCACAUUGUGACAAAUUAGCAGUUUGCAGCAAUGUAGGAUGUGACAUUGAUGGUGUCAAGUCUUUGAAAGAUGUUAAUGCAUUUAGCUAGUAAAUGAUAUCCUGAAGUAUGCUUUGAUAUUUUUCUUUGUUGAAGUUGAAUGAAAUAGUUCUUAGAACUUUGGAGAGACAGAAAUUCUGAUCAUAAAGACAACAAAUGUUUUCUAUUUAUUUAUGGAACGGUUGUGUUUGAGCUACUACUAAUGGAUGGAUAGGCAAGUGAUUUGUUGGUUAAUUAGUGACCGUCUUUUUGGCUUUAUUAUUUUUCACCCACUGAUAAUGCUGCCCCAAUGUCUUACAGCCACCUCUCUAACCUUCUUCAUUUUAUAUCCUUUUUCUUUCUCACACACGCCUCUUUGAUUUAAUGCCAUUUAAAACUUUCUAAGCUGCUCUAUCAGCUGCUUUCUCUCGCCUUAUAAACAGUCCUCUCUCUUUUCUGUCUUUGCAACUGUAACUCCCACGCUCUUAAUGUCAUUAACAGGUGCUUGUCCAAAAUAGAACCCUUGCCCAUACACACCAUCACACACAAACAUAUGUGUAUGUGGUUAAGUUGACUUAAAAUACAUGAAAAACUCACACUGAAAUACACUGAAAAAUGUCAAAUCUGUCCAUGUGUAGAUAAAUACUCUUGCAUGAACCAUCUACUUGGUGGCUGAGCUGUCAUACAUAGUCUCUACAACUUGAUUUCAUGAGCCCCAGUCCCAGUUUUCUCCACCCUUCUUUUUCUGUCUCUCUCUCUCUCUCUCUUUACAUCCCUCCUUCUCCUCCUCUCUCAGCUGAGUUUCAUGUAUGUAGUCAUCAGAUCUGCACCCACACAGAACAGGUUCAUCAAAAAGAGGAAUGCAUCAUCUUUUCACAGCUCUAUAAGGCCUCAAUCCAGUGUCUGUCAUCAAGUCAUUCUUUUCAUCUACCCAUUAUUCCUGUCUAGUUUGUUAUCAGACCUUCUUGUGUUUGUAGACGUCAGUUAAUUCCCACUCUACGCUCUUCAGAAAUGACCCCCUGUCACUUGAAUUUCUUGCAAUCUGGAUUCUUUUUAAAUCACAGAACAUUGUAAUCAUUUCCUGUUCUUUUUUUGAACCUUCUAACAAUAUACUUCUCUGCGUGUUUAUUAUCUAUCUCCAGACUCUCUAGUCUCCUGUUUUUUUGCUUUAGUUAUUUGUUUGUCCCCUUUCUUGACUUUGCCUCUGGGAAUUUCCUCCUCUCAUCUCCAAGUAUUGUGGUUGCCAUGUGGUCCAACUUUUUUAUGCAACAGGAAGACGACGGGAGAGUAGGUACGGCGGCUUUGGGUGGAGUUGGCAGUAAGAGCGGGCGUCCAGGUAAACGGUCGAGGCCCCCUCGAAUGAGUGACAGCCAAGAGGGCAAGAUCAAGUUGGCAUUUUUCGUUGCCCUCAUAGGCGUGACUCUGACGGUACUUGGCAUGGGUACAGAGUUCUGGGUGGAGUUAUCCCAGCCAAAACACUCCAGGAACAACCAGACAUGUGAGAUGGCACAUUACGGCCUUUGGAAAUUUUGCGUUCGCACGUUAUGGGUGACAGAUAUUGACCCGGAGAGAGAGAGCUGUGGACCUGCAGAACUACCUGGAGAAUCAAACUGCACAUACUUUAAAUUCUACACUUCUGGAGAGAAUGCUGUCAUAUUUAAGAAAACAACAGAAAAAGGUUUGCAUAUAGCAGGUGCAAUGUUGGCUUUAUUCAGUUUGUUUCUGAUGAUCAUGGGCUCUGUGUGUAUCACUAUGUCUCUCAGUAAGAGUGUGCCCUUCUUCCUCAAGCCUGCUACUACCUGCUUCAUCUUCUCAGGUAUCCUGGUCUUCUUGUCCAUCAUAAUUUUCCACCAGUCAGUGCUGGCGUUAUUGGCAAGCGAUCACAGUUUCCCUCUCCAUCACGAGUUGUCCUGGUCAGUGGCAUGUCUUGGCUCGGCUGGGGCCAUUCUCAUUUUUGGAGGGCUUAUAUUCCUGUUGCUCUCCCUCCCCUCCAACCCCCUGGAGAAAUGUUUUCGUCAGCAGAGCAGUAGUGAUGCCUAGCUGUCAGGGGGACUGCCCGUGAAUUAAGUAGCACAAGACAUUUUAUACUCUUAAGCUGUUUGUGGAGAUUAACUGAUGUUAUAAAGGACUCUCAAAAGCUAAUGUUCAUAAUGUUUUGCAAGAACUAGCAUUAGUUUGCUUAUCAAUAGGAUUAUAGACCUUAAUGCUCAUACACCGACUCUGAAAUUUGAACUGAUAUUUCUAUGAUGGUUAUGUACAUAAAAUCAGUGACCAACAGAUCUGUUUACUGUCUUUAAAGGCUUCAUUUACACCACAUGUUGUGCUGUUAUGCAUUGUCCCUGUGCAUUGGUAUAAGAAACCUUAUUUGAUUACUAGGCAUAUAAUACUGACUUAUCAGGUAUCUGUGGGUUAAAAGUGUACUUUUAUUUUUAUGGAAAAACAGGCCAUCCUAUCAAUGCUAAAGGCCCGUUCACACCAAGUGUCAUUAGUGUCAGAUAACAUUCUGCUUAUUAAAAGAGCAUGUGCGCUUUAGUCGUACGCCGCCUUAAAUGCUUGAGCUCUUUAAAGUUGAGUGGACUCUGAUUAGCUGUCAGUGUUUUUAUCAUUCAUCAGCUAGAAAAAAAAUCAUUAUGAAAACGAUUCCAGCAAUAUUGUUCCUCUGUGGCAUUAUUGUUAUAGCUGUGGUGUGGAAUUCUCUAUUCUCUUAGAAUUACAAUGAUUAUUAAAACUUUACAGUUAUCAUUUAUACAGUUACCAUUAUAUUUAUUCUUGGUGCAAACAGGCCUUUAAAAUAAUUUCAACUAAUAACUAGCCUUUGAAGUUGGUUUGUGCUAGUAAGUGAUGGCUUGUGAACCAUCAUAGCCUUGCUGUUUAAUAGCAAAACUUGUCAGGUGAGCUUCAUUGACCAGAAGUAUCUUUUUGUUGAAGCUGGUUGACCAACAAAGUUUUGCUAGUGAGGCUAGUUAUAAAAGCAAACGGGGACAUCAGCACACUAGCAUCACAACACAUGCUUGUGACCAGCUACAGUGAUCCUAAAAUGUAACACUUUUGGAAACAUUUAAAAAUGUGAAAGUAAUUGUUUAAUAAUAUAUCAAUUGUUUUAUGAAGCUUGCAAGUUUUUUAUUUACUUGGGAAGUGUCCGUGUACCACCUUUCUUUAAAAUAAAUUAUACUUGGUUUAGAAAUCAGCAGACUUGAUAUCAUAGAUUUCAAUGCAUAGAUUUGGGACGGUUUAUUUAUAUAAAUAUAAAAUGUUGCUUAAUACUAUACAUAUGAAGCAGAUGUGUUUCUAUUGUGUGUAUGAUAAUGAUGUAUGAAAUCUAUUGAUGUGGAUGAUACAGACUCACUGUUGAGCCACAUUUUUAUAUAAAUACUGUGUGUUUAUAUUGUACUCCAGCUUUUCUUUAGACACAUCCCUAAUACUUAAGACACUGUCCUUCACUAAACUUUCUUCUUUCUUUCAUGUAUGUUCGUCACUUGGUUGUUUAUGUCAUUCUCUAUUUGUCACGCUCUUUCUCGUUCGCUAGUUUUGCUUGAGGAUUAAAUCUCUUUCACCUAA